UAUUCAAUAUAAAAAUUGGUAGGAAAUCGUUAUUUUAUCAGUUCACCUGUGACCACGCGUUAUUUCAAUCGACAUUCAUCAGCUAAAUAAUUUCUUUAAAAAAAUGCAACUUUCUAUUUUGCAACAUUGCAAUUUAAUCGUGUGGAUUUUAUUACCAUCGUUUCUUCUUAUUUCGGCCAUUUCUAACGAAACAUAUAACGAAGAAGAUGAACUCAGUAUGGAAACGACGGUUGAAAUGGACGACUUCCCAGAGUUAUGUGAAGACGAAGCAGCACCCAUUCUUGGUAUACCUUCUAUAGGAAGCAUGCCAGCACAGCCUAACGUUGAUCCAAGUGUAUUUCUUUCUGUAUUAUCCAAGGCUAUGGAUCUUCUUCAAGAGAAAUUGCAGGAUGCGUUAAUGUUGAAUGAGUUGGGUUCAUGCCCGCAAAUCAAGCCGAUCAAUAUUUUUUUGGAAAAAAAUCCAUAUAUAAAUUACCAAGAUUUGUUGGAUAAAAAUGAAGGUUUGGAGGCUUUAAAGAAACUUGUUGAAUUAAGAUCUGAAGUUAACAUGAAAAUGCCAGGCGUUUAAAAAUCAUUUUAAUCACUUCUUUUUUAAAACACAAACAAACAGAAUCUAUAUUUAUUACAAUUAAAUGAAAUGACUUACGAUUACUUAUAUCAUAUAUACAAUACAUAUAUAAAAUGAGAACGAAAUAUACUUAAAAUCUGUAUUUU